UCGUUACCAGUCCAGUCCUGUUUAUCUUAGUCCUUGUUGGCGUAUCAGCGUAUCACUAUUCAGUAUUMACUACCUGAGUGCCGAAUCUGUUUUCGGGCGGCACGACGAGCUGGGUUAGUAGCUGACUGUUUCGACCUGGUGUCCAUAAUUGACCAUUCCAAUAAUUCGAAUACUAUCGAAUAAAUCGAAACCAUCGAAUAAUUUGAUACUACCCAUCUCUAGUCGUAUCAGGACCGAAAGAAAAGUUUCAUCAAAAACCGCCAAAAGACUUAAAGAUCGAUAUCUGAUUUGACCUAAUAUUUUUGGUACAUCAUUCGGUCGGGAUCCGCUGGAUCUGGUCACUUGUGUACUCGACAGUCGACAGAUUCGUUUAUUUUGAUUCAUUCAGUCGCGACCAUCGCAGCUCUACCAUGUUCGCGGGCCUGUGUAAAACUGUUUGAAUUUUGCUGCUCAACAUUUAUUUCAAAUUAUCCUUUAUGUUACAUUUGUUAUGGGUUUCUUCAAAUCAUUAAGGAACAUAAAAAAUUGGUUUGCUGACAAGGCUGGACUUUCUGGACCUAGAGGACCAACAAAACGUAAACAUGAAGAAUGUGAAACUAUAAAUAAUAAAAGAGUGCGCAUGGAUGAUAGCCUCGUAGAAAUUGUUGAAAUCAGCGAUGAAUCCCUAUCUGAAACCGAAGAGGUGGAAAUUGUUGAAUCUGUGCCAUCAACUGUACCGCUUAGAGCCAGUCCACCUGUUAUGCUCAUUGAAGGUAGGCAGCAGCAAAGAAGAACUAUGUCACCAGUUAGGACAAUAGAUUUAACUGGAAGUAACGAUGGAGAUGCCAAAGUUAAAAUUAUUCGAUCUUAUAGUUUAUCGAAUCCAAAACUUAUAAGUUCUCGAAGUAAUGAAAUGGUUAGAAGUGCUAGUACCAAAGCUAUCAAUGAAGAAAGAUCUUCAAUUAAAGGAACAAAACAAUUAAGUUUGAGUAUGGAAGGUGGAUUUUCUGCAUUAAAAAUUAAUGACACAUCAACUAACGCUAACAUGGAUAAGUCAUUUGCAAUGAUUUUAAAACAUUAUGUUACACCAAAACCAGAAACCAACAUUUUAUCAGUUUCCAGUUCUAGAUUGUCGAUGAGUAAUCAUAAAGAAAAUACUUUAAAUCAAUCUAAAUUAUCCCAAACAUCUGGUAAAGAAAAUUUAGACAUUCCAGAGCUAAGUCUUCAUAAGAAUAGAAUUAUUAAAAAAGAGUUAUUUUAUGAACGYAUAUUAAGAAAAUUUAAAGAGAAACAAGCAGCUGCCAUUUUAACUUCUGAAACAACAAUCCAAAAAAAAUCACCCGAUGAUAUUUUCCAAGAAAAACUAGAGAUCAUGAAAAAAGAAUUAAAUAAAAUUGAGCCACAAAAGAAAAAUGAAGUUUUCCCCGGUUAUUCUAAAGAAAUAGCUGAAUCAAUUGCACUUCAAAUGUCUAGUUCUUUAAAUGAGUACAUUGUACAAGGGAAAAAUAUAAAAAAAAUGGAUUUAAAAAGUAUAUAUGUACAUAAUGCUUGGUUAAAUGAUGAAGUUAUCAAUCAUUAUUUGGGUAUGAUAGUUGAUCGCGAUCCAACUAACAUUCACUCAUUUGAUACAUUCUUCUAUUCUAAAUUAUCAUCACAAGGAUAUCAAUCUGUUCGUCGUUGGUCAAGAAAAAAAGAUAUAUUUGCAUGUAAAAAAAUGUUCAGUCCUAUUCACUUGGGUAACCAUUGGUGUCUGAUAUGUGUAAACUUCAUUGAAAAAACCGUGAAAUAUUAUGAUAGUUUAGGUGGUAAAAAUCCUAAAUGUUUAAAUAUAAUUUUUGAUUAUCUAAAACAAGAAUACGAGAAUAAAAAGAAUGAAGAAUUCAACAGUAGUGGAUGGAAAAUAAUGGAUGCUGAGGAUUGUCCCAAACAAAAAAAUGGUUAUGAUUGUGGAGUGUUUACUUGUGUAAAUGCAGAGUACCUAUCUCGUGAUGCAAAACUAGAUUUUGUACAAGAUGAUAUGCCUAUUUUAAGGAAUAGGAUAUGCUAUGAGAUCUUAAACAAUCGUUUAUGUUAUUAAACUAAAUCAUUUGUUUCCUACAAUAUUGAGUUAAUUUCAUUCUUAUUUUUUCAAGUUCGAUAGAAUAUCACAUAUGUUGGUGAGUAUAACUAAGAUUGACAAGAGGAAUGACAUUCCUCAAUCACCUAAUUAGUUUCUUUUAAAAAUAUAUGAGUUUUAUUGUUAAUAGUUUACAGAAUAUUCUUUUUAUUUCAUAUUUUUAGGAAAAUGUUGAGCUAAAUAUGAUACAAUAAUAUUUGUUAAUACUGUAUUAAUGUAUGUAAUUAUGUACUAAAAAUUUAUACCAUGAAAUUGAACGCAGUUCCUAUUAUGUAGGACAAUUUUCAUGUUUAAAUUUAACUGAUAAACUAUAGUUAUUGUUAAUGAAUCUUUAAAAUCUUUAAGUUUAAAUUAUUACUUAAGGCAUACAAUUAAUUCAAAGGCUGAAUAUUCAUUAAAUAUUAAAUAAUGUUAAUCUUAUUUA